AUGGAGUUGGUCGCUAGUGCUGUAAUAGGGUUGAUGGUGGAAACCAUCCUGGGGAGCUUGGGCGGAGUGCUGGAAGCCUGGACUCGUGAGGUCGGGCUCGCCGAAGACGUGGAGAAGCUCGUGUUUGAGGUGAGGAACGUGGAGGCGGUGCUCGCCACUGCCGAGGCUGCUGCUUACGAGGGAAGGAGGCCGGUCGACAACACGCGACUGGCCCAGUCGCUGGAUUGUCUGAGAGAUCUGCUUUAUGACGCGGACGAUGCUAUGGAUGAGCUCGACUACUACCGGCUCCAACGACAGAUCCAAAAAGGUGAAGAUUGCAGUGCUAAUACUGGUAAUAGUCCUCAAGUGAGCAGUGCGUUUUCAUCCACACCAUUUUCUCCUUUUCAACUAUUAUGCAGCAUUGGUAGCCAAAUUACUAGCUGGGCCUCACCUGGCAGAAAAAGGAAACGAGAAGAGGAAGGCACAGCUGAUAGCACUAUGCUUCCUUUUGAGAUCAAACAUGACAUUUCUGAGAGGAUCAACAGAAUAGCAAACAAUUUACAGAAAACAGGCGAUUCUGUCCGCAAGUUACUAAAGCUAGAGAUCUCAGUCCUAUCUCUAAGGUCAAACCAAGAGCAGAGAAUGACCAGGAACACACGCCUGACAACUUCUGUUCCUAUUGAACCGAAAGUAUAUGGGAGGGAUGCAAAUAGGGACAUGAUAAUAGAGAUCUUAAUAAAUGAGGAAUCUAGUGAUCUCUGUGUCCUACCAAUAGUUGGCAUUGGUGGUAUUGGGAAGACAACGCUGGCUAGAUUUGUAUAUCAAGAUCAAAGAAUUAUUGAUCAUUUUGAUUUGCAGAUGUGGAUUUGUGUGUCCACUAACUUCAAUGAACUGAGAAUAACAGUUGAGAUCUUAGAGCAUGUAUGUAAGGAUAAACAAGAGUACAAAGAUGUGAGCAACUUCAAUGUACUACAGGAGAUUCUUUUGAAGAAUAUUAGACAUAAACGAUUUCUUCUCAUAUUGGAUGAUAUGAGGGAAGACAAGGACAGGAGUGGAUGGGAUAGGCUGUUAGCUCCUUUGAAAAAUAGUCAAGUAACCAACUGCGCUGUGCUAGCAACAACCCGAAGAAACUCAGUUGCAGAAAUGAUAGGAACAAUGAAUGCAAUCCAAAUCAGUGGUCUGGAUGAGACGGCGUUCUGGCGGUACUUCAAAGCAUGUGCAUUCGGCAACGAGAACUAUGAGGGUCAUUGUAAGUUGCAAUCCAUCGGGCGACAGAUUGCUAAAGCACUGAAGGGCUGCCCACUUGCGGCACGAAGUGUUGGUGCACUUUUGAACAGAAAUAUUAGCUAUGAACAUUGGAUAAUUGUUCAGGCCAAAUGGAAAUCUCUUCAACUAAAAGAUGACGACAUUAUACCUAUCUUGAAACUUAGUUAUGAUUAUCUACCUUUCCACCUUCAGUGUUGUUUUUCCUACUGCUCUUUUCCAGAGGAUCACCGGUUCUAUGGAGAAACUUUGGUCCAAGCUUGGAUAUCUCAAAAUUUUGUUCAAUAUGAAGAUAUGGGAAGGGGAUUGGAGGAAACUGGAUUGCAAUAUUUGGCUAAUUUAGUAGAUUUGGGAUUUUUCCAAAAAGUUGACUCACACUAUACUAUGCAUGAUCUAAUGCAUGAAUUAGCAGAACAAGUUUCAUCAAAUGAAUGCGCUACAAUAAAUGGAUUGCAACCUAAUGUAAUUCAACCAAGUAUUCGACAUUUGUCCAUCAUAACCAGUGCCCAUGACAUUGAUGCACAUGGAAAUUUUCCCAUGGAGAAAUUUGAGGAGAUACUACAGAAGAUUAGGCCUUUUCAAAAGUUGAGGAGUUUGAUGUUUUUUGGAUGGAGUAGCGUCAAGUUAUUAAAGCCCAUACAUACUUUUUGGAAGGAAGCAAAAUGUUUACGAUUGUUAAGAGUUUAUGUCUCAAAUGCUGACAUGAACUCUGUUCAAAAUUUGUUAAGUCCAUAUCAUCUCCGCUAUCUUGAAUUUAUUGAUGUCUAUAAGGGUGGUGUUGUUCCUCAGGCUUUUACCAGCUUUUAUCACCUUCAAGUGUUGAAUUUGAGCACUCAUGGAGUUCAUGAUGUACCUGCUGCUAUGAGUAAUUUAGUUAAUCUUCGUCAUUUUAUCGCUCAAGAAAAAGUGCACCAGGCAAUAGCUGGUGUUGGCAACAUGGCCUCUCUUCAAGAACUAAAGUUCAAGGUUCGAAAUGUUUGCACUUUUGAGAUGGGACAACUCCAACCAAUGAAUAAGCUUGUAACUCUUGGGAUCUCUCAUCUUGAAAAUGUGAAGACUAAAGAUGAAGCCAGCAGUGCUAGACUUAUAGACAAAGAGUACCUAAAAAAGUUGUCCUUGUCAUGGAACGGUGACAGCGUGAGCAUUGAACCUGACAGAUCAAAAGAUGUGCUUGAGGGUCUUCGACCUCAUCAUAACCUGAAAGAUCUAAGUAUAACUGGGUAUAGUAGUCCCAACUCCCCAACAUGGUUUUCUAGUAAUAUGUCGGUUACAUCACUGCAGACAAUUCAUCUUGAGAAUUGCAGGGAGUGGCAAAUUCUUAGUUCUCUUGAGAUGCUUCCGUUGCUUAAGAAAUUAAAAUUGGUCAGGAUGUUGAAUUUGAUGGAACUCUCACUUCCUUCCUUGGAAGAGUUGGUGUUAAUUGAGAUGCCAAAGUUGGAGAAGUGCAUUGGUUCUUGUGGGAUAGAAUUGACUACUGAUCUCAGGGUAUUGAUGAUCGAGGACUGCCCUCAACCGAAUGACUUCACUCCUUUCCAGAGCUACUCUUCUUUUGGGGCUGAGCUGUGGUUUCCAUCUCUCAGAGAACUCACCAUUGUGUGUUGUCCUCAUAUAAGCAAGUGGGAAACACUUCCACUGGGGAAAAUGCAUGCACUCAAGAGUUUGAAAUUAACAGAUCUCCAUGCUGUGAGAGAGUUGUUAGUCCCUUCCUUGGAGAAGUUGGUGUUGAGUAACAUGCCAAGUUUGGAAUGUUGCAGCGGGCUAACAGCUUCACGCGUGCAAAUGUCCACUUCCCAAGAGGAUAAGGAGUGGCUAUCUGGUCUCCGUGAACUCACUAUUCACGAUUGCCCUCAUUUGGUAGUGUCAUAUGCUCUCCCACCUUCUGCUUUGAUGUCUCACUUCUCCAUCAAGGGGGUUCCAACACAUCCAAUAAUGGAGAAACACUAUGGUUUCACUAUCAAAUCUGAUGAGUUGAUUAUGCUUGAUGACAAGAUCUUAGCAUUCCAUAGCCUUAGGGGCAUUAGAUCUUUGUUUAUAAAUGAUUGUCCUAAUUUAGCCUCUUUGUCUAAUGAAUGUCUCAACCAACUCAUCGAUUUAGAGGGCCUCUGUAUAAGAGGUUGUCCUAAUUUUACCAUGACAAGCGGCCUUGUCCUCCCAUCUCUCAGAUGGCUGUCCGUCCAGACUUGUGGCAUAUCAGGGAGUUGGCUAAUGGAAAUGCUUUCACAUGCACGGUCCUUUGAUCAGUUGCAAUUACAUGACAGCCCACAAAUAAAAUUUAUUUCGUUUAGUCAACCUACAGAGAUGGAAGGCACAUGCAGUUUGGGUUCAGCAACUACAGUAACGUCGCACUUCGCUGGUGACGAACAACUGUUGCAAAUUCCAUCUAAUGUUGUCCGUUCUCUAAGAAUGCUAGUUAUUUUUAACUGCCAUAAUCUUGAGUUCAGUGGAGAGGAGGGGCCCCUCCGAGGAUACACCUCUCUUGAUAUCUCCGUAUCCAGCAUUGCCCCAAGCUGGUACCGUUGUUUGUUGGUGAGUGGUAUGAUGGAGGUUGGAUCGCUCCCGACAUCCUUACGAUUAUUGGAUAUUGAUAUGGGCCCUGAGCUGUCUACUAUAUGGGAUCUCAAACUGCAGGAGCUUGAACAGGGCGGUUAUCAGGUUCCACCGCCGCCUCCGUCACUUGAAACAUUCCUUGUCACGAAUCUCACUGACAAGGUACAGUCCUGUCUGCUAUCCUGUCUCCCUAGCAUCACAAAAUUAGUCAUAUCAAAUAGUCCAGAGUUGACAUCUCUGCAUCUAGGAUACUCCAAGGCACUGGAGUGUUUGGAAAUUGUAGGCUGCGAGUCACUUGCUUCAGUCGAGGGCUUUGGGUCCUUGACAAACCUUAGGUCUUUGGUAGUAUAUGACCCACCCAUCUUGCCUCGAUGUUUUGAGCUUCUGUCACAUCAGCAAGGGGCCACUGACAUCUGGUCCAAACUGGAAAAACUUCAGAUAGGUGAUGGCUCUGUCCUUACCGCGUCCCUCUGCAAACAGCUCACUUCGCUGAAACGUUUGUUCUUCUUUCCUGAACGAAGCAAGCAUGGUGCGAUGAUGAUGGGUCUGACAAAGGAACAAGAGAGAGCACUCCAGCUUCUGACCUCUCUCCAAAGUCUCAACUUUUGGCACUUGCCGAAUCUCCUGUCACUUCCUGCAAAACUAGCAAGCCUUACCUCCCUCCAGCAUUUAUAUAUCUCGAACUGUCCUCGCAUCGCAAGGUUGCCAGAGAUUGGACUUCCACCUUCACUGGUACAACUGACUGUGCGCCGCUGCAGUGAGGAGCUAUGUAUGCAUUGCAGGAUGGCAACGAGUGAGAAGCUGAAGAUCCUGAUCGAUGACAUUCCUGUUGAUUAACCCCUAGAGUGCAGACUGCAGCCACACAAGAUUUUGCUGUCCAUGUUUGCAACAUUUUCUGUCAGCACAUAUAUUCAUGGAGUUGUCAAUGCGCCAUAUCUUUGGUCUGACGAAGACACCAUAUAUGUGUGCCUGAUUGGCGCAUCCGCGCAUAAGCCCUUGCUAAAAGUGACGAAGUGCUGAUCCAGACAAUAUAAGACAAUUUUCAUUCUUGCGCUUCUCCUGCUUGGUGCCUGGCAGUCGCCAGCAUGUUUGUUUUCUGCUUCUGGAUUUGUAG